CGGAGCGCGGCGGCGGGGCGGCGCGGCCGGCGAGCACGGGCCCUUUCUUCUUUUUCCUUUCUUCUGCUCGCUUGUCAAGGCCCCGAGAGGAACCAUUAUUUCAAAGAAAAUUUGACCUAAGAAAAUAAUUAUACAAGGGGAGGUGACCACUGAAUCCAACCACUGCUGGAAGUCAUUGUGGAGCUUGGGAACCACUGCACAGAAGAAUGGCAGCACUGGCACGGGAGCGGGCACCCCGUUUCAUGGAUGCAGACCUCGACAUCUUAGUGGAAGAGGUGGAAAACCGCAGGAAGAUCCUGUACGCUAGGGGACCCAGGAAGCCCUUCAGGACAGAGAUGAAGUACCAGUGGGAGGAAGUGGCCAGAAAAAUCAAUGCUCAGAGUGAUGCCCCGAGGACCUGGUCCCAAUGCCGCAAAAAGUUUAAUGACCUCACACGUGUGGUCAAGGAGAAGAUUGCUCGCAACCGCCAGCAGCAGAAGCAGUCUGGAGGGGCCCCUGCCCGUGCCCAGAGGCUCAGUCGCUUGGAAGAGAGAGUGCUGGCGAUUAUGCGCUCGGAUGCCACACAUCCAGUGGCCGCCGGUGGACUGGAGAUCAUUGAUAAUGACGAUACACAGGACAUACCGCCUGGCUUUGCCCAAGCAGAUGAGCUGCAGGAGUCCGAGGAGGAAGAAGAAGAUACGCCAUCACUGCAUUUGUCACUCCCAUCCACCAGCUCAGAUCCUGGCACCUCGCGGACUCUAGAGGACAGUUUAGAGGCGAGAUCUACACGUGGUGAAUCACCAGUUAUGGAGAGCAAAAAACUGAUUAGUGCAACUGACAUUCAUCACUCGGGAACAUUGUUGAAGUUUCUUAAUGAGCAGCGGGUCCAAGGACUGUUCUGUGAUAUUACGAUAAUUGUGGAAGAUCGCAAAUUUCGAGCACAUAAGAAUGUCUUGUCAUCUGCUAGUAGCUACUUCCAUCAGCUUUUCAGUCUCGAUGGCACUAGCAAUGUAAACGGACAAGUCCUUGAACUGAACUUCGUCAGAGCUGAGGUAUUUGCAGAGGUUCUGAAUUUUAUCUACACCUCCAAGUUGGUCCGUGUGAAUGCUGAACUUGUAAGUGAGUUGAUUCAGUCUGGGCAGGCCCUGGGGCUAAAAUUCCUUGCUGACUUAGGGGAAUCGCUUUCAAAGUUAAAAGGAUCGGCACCAGGUGUCAACAGUGCUGCUUCUGUGACAGACUCCAAGGUUGAGACCUCUCAGAAGGUUGCUGCUGAUCCAACAGUGGAACCUGAACGCUUGAUUAUACACGUUGAAGAAGGAGGUCUGGGACCACGAAUAACUGAUGCUUUCUCCCUGUCUAGUGCAGAGUUUAGGGAUUCGAAAGGUAACAGUAAAGACUCACCCAGUAGUGAAGACUCCGAGGAUAACGAUGAUGUCAUUUUCUGCAGUGAAAUUUCACCACCUAAACAAUCCUCCAGUGUAGUUAGCAUGGGUUCAAAGCAGACAAAUAUUAUUAUUCCUAAUAUACCAGUAAGUUCUGACAAUUUAGGAACUCAGACAAAACAUGUUGCUCUGGUGCCAGAGACAUCCUUGAAAGUUGGGGAUUUUAAAGUCAAAAUCUCUGAUGGAAGCACAGAGAGUGGGCAGAAUACUGUAAAUACCCAGCAAAGCACAAAGACCGUAAAUGUGAAGUAUCUUCAGGAUGGCAAACAACUUGUAACUGUAGAUAAAAUGGCUGGCAUUGACACGUUGUCUAAAGGUUGCAGAGUUUAUGCAAAUAUCGACACAAACCCUAACACAUAUCACAUCGUGGUACCAAACAAAGACGAUCUUGCCAACCGAGAACCCAAGCAGAACAAGGAGCCUGGAUCCCCUGACAAGAAAUUGCUUCUGAUCGGAGACAAGGUACCUGAUGAUGGAGGCCACUCAAGCAUUCAAAUCACGCCUGAAAAUUCCGGUAAUCAUAUAAAUAAUUCAAGACCUAUGUUCAUCAAUGAACAGAACUUUCCAGAUGCAAAACGAAUGAAAAGGGAACAAGAUCAUUAUGAGUUAAUUGUAGAUGGACGAGUGUUUUAUGUUUGUAUUGUUUGUAAGCGAUCAUAUGCAUGCCUGACUAGCCUAAGGAGGCACUUCAAUGUUCAUUCCUGGGAGAAGAAAUAUCCUUGCCAUUACUGUGAGAAAGUCUUUCCUCUUGCAGAGUAUCGUACUAAGCACGAAAUUCUUCACACUGGUGAACGGCGAUACCAGUGCUUAACCUGUGGUGAGACCUUCAUUAAUUACCAGGUGAUGGCAUCACACAUUAGGUCAGUCCAUAGCAAAAAGACUGGAAAGAGCGCAGCUGAAGAUGAGACUGUUUCCGAUUCAAAACUUUACCGCUUGCUGCCGUGCAAAACCUUACAGAUCAGACAAUAUGGGUUCCUAACUGCAAGUGCAUCGGGCGCAAUGGCUGAGAUUAAUGAGGAUGGGAUUGUAUAUCAUGUAGAAGACGAGGAUGAAGGAGCUGCACAGCAGGCCACGGAGACCAUAGGGGGUGGCAAGCCUUCUAGCUGGGAUGAUAUUUUUCCUCAGGAAGGAACCCCAGUUUACAGGUACAAUUCCUUAGAUGGCAAUUCCGAACUAGAGUUUGUUAUACCAGAAUCCUUCAGAGAGAUGGCUUGAAGUCAUUCAGACUAUGAUGGAACUAAACGUAGUAAGAAAAUGGAUUGUGAUACCAGGUUAACUGCUGACAGCCAACCAUUGGUGAUAGUAUUGUACUAACUGACCAGUUAAGCAUUUGUGUUUCAGGCAAACAAAUGAUGCAGUGGCUGGACCAUUGUGUGGGUAACCUACAGUCUUUUUUUUUGAAGAGAAAGCAUUUCUGUUAAACGUAAUGAUGUCACUAUAGAAUGCAUCAUGAAAUGUGAAGCAGAAUGUAGCUGUGGCUUUGAACAAAAAUGCAGAUUAUAUGCAGAUAUUUUGUCAGAACUAGCCAGAAAUCAAUGGACAUUUAUAGACAAUGUACACCAUUGAAAGAGUUUUCAAUUAUUUUAGUCUUUAGUGAUCUAGCAGCCAUUACCCAGAUGUUUAUUUUUACAUAUCUUUGAUCAGAAACCGAAUUUAUGGAAAUUUUAUGUGCUAGCACUUUUAAUUUUACAUUGUAGGGCUGAGGUAAAAGGCUGCUGUUGAAUCUUUUUCUGGCAAAUCCUUAUAAAUCAUCUUCCUACACAUUGUGGAUCACUACUUUUAGUGUUUUACAUGCUUAACCAAUCACAAAGUCCUUCUUCCUAAAGUAACUUACUAGCAUUUUUAAACACGAUGCAUAGAAGACCACCAAAUAGUAGUUACCUUUAGCAGCUGUAUCAUUAAACAAAGCUUCAAAGAAGGAGCAAACCUAAAUCCAGCUUUUAUUAAUGGUGAUGAAUAGGUGGAAAUAAAUGAGCCAAAUUGGUAAAAAUGUUGGAUGUACCAGUAUUUCUGCUACCAGCAAUAAGAAAAGGGAGGAGAUGAUGAUAACAAGUUCAUGUCCACAUUAGGCAAAUACAGUUUAAUUCAGAAAAGCUUGUCUUUCUUUCAUUCCAUGAUCAUUGGUCUUGCAGCAUCAAUCACUCCUUCAUGAUUUAAUAGUAAUAAUGUAUCAUUUGAAUUAAAAAUGUGCCUGAUUAAACUAGAUUAAUGCAAAUGGAAUGAAUAAUGGAAAAAAGGUGGGUUAGGAAAAAAAUAACGUAACCUAUAAGGUGUUGUGUAGUCCACCAUGUAAGGUGAAUUAUUUUGGAUGACCCCCAUACUAAGCAAAUUCCUUACUGGCCAUUAUUUUGAUUUAUGUUCUAUUGAUUAUGUUUUAUUAAACUAGAUGCUAAUGCAGUACUUUGGGAUGAAAGCUUUUAAAUCUAACUGCUCAAGAAGUGAACAAUUAUCUACAAUAUUUGCAUUAUUUGAAAUAUGCAUGCUAAGUGCUAGUUUUAUCUGCCAGAUUCCAAUUUUACAAGUAUUAUUCCCUGAUUGUUUUUGUUUUUAUUCUACUGUGAAGUUGGCAGUCUCUGUACUUAAAAAAAAAUCUAGCUUCAAUUUGCAUAGAGUAAUAACAUCAUUCUCAUAUAUACCUAAGGAUUUAAUUUAUCAUCUUGUAGCUCUAAUGAUUGUUUUGCUAAAAUUUUGGACACACUGCUAUUCAAAAGAGUUGGGAUUGCACAAUAGAUGCUGCAUUUUUACAAUGUAAUUUCAUCCAAACUGCUUUUCAGAAUUUUAAAAAAUUCCUGACCAAUAAAUAUUCAGUUUAGAUUAUUUUAAUGGUCAAAAUGUCACAGAGGUGAUGUAUGCCAUUAGCCUAGUCUAUCGUUACUUAGUUGUGAACUGUUAUAAGCAAAAAGAUGUUGCUUUCUUGAAAUUCUCUGUAAUGCACCUCAUAUAAGCUCUCACAUUAAGUACUGUAGGCUUACUUAAUUGAACAUGUAUUUUGUAGCAAACAUCCAUUUAGUACCCAUUUAGCAAAAAAAACUAUCAGCAAAAUGAUUUCUCUUUUGUAAAUCCUUUACUGUAUGGGUCAAUAUUGUACAUACAUUGCUUCACUUUUUUAAGAAGAAAAUAAACUAUGGUCCCAUAAGUCUUUGAAAAAUGUAGAAAAGUAAUAAAUCUUGUAAAAGGAAUAGCCUAUCAUUUUGUUUGUAACAGUUUUGCAUGCAUAGACUAGAACAAAACGGCAGAAUAGAAAAUCUUUUUACACUUGCAUAAAAGUAAUUCGUUUGAAUUACCUGCAGAUUGGCAAAACUAUGUCGGUCUAAAUAAUACUGUUCUGUCCUAUUGUGCAAGCAAGGUUAAUGCUUUUGUACCAGUGAAAAUAAUAAAACUACUAAUAUGUAAAUAUAGUUGUAACAAAGCUUCUUCCUUAGUAUAGGUUAUUGUUAAGUCACUUUUCUAUUUUCUUUAAUUUGAAGCCUUAGAAUGUAAGUUUAUUUAUUGUAUUUGCUCUUUUGAUGAUGAUAAUAAAAUUUUCAGAGUA